UCCAAUUCGGUAGUGUCUAACAACGACGAAAGUGAUUGAAAACUCGAACACAAUGGAAGUGAUUAGAGAUAUUAAAAAAGUGAUCAACCAAGUAUUUGGAACAGAGAAUAUGUUCGGAUUCGAGACAACGCUAGCUAAUCAGAUGUAUUUAUCCUACUGCAUCAUCGGUAACGUAUAUUACACCGAUAAAAUACAUAGAAAAACCAAACUGGUAUGGUUGUGGAUGGUUUACAUAGUAUGGUUACCUGCUUUUGUUUCCUUCGUACUAUACAUAGUUUAUGGUAGACAAACCGGCGACUUGGUGUUGCUGAUUUACAUGGGAUUUUUACUCGUUAUCGCUGUGAUGGAAACACUAGUGAAGCCCGCAAUCGCGGUGUAUUGGUAUGGAAACGAUAUAGAGCAAAUGAUUUCGAUGGCUGAUAAAAUGUUAACGAAAACACCAUCAACCACGCGUACGAGUACAUCCGACAAAUAUUUGGAUGCGAAAAAAAUCACCAAGAUUAUAACACUUGAACUUGGAAUCGCAAUUGUACUAUAUGCAGUUGUCCCUAUUCUAGAUGUGAUAAUUUUUUAUCGAGAAGAAAAGGUUGAAAACUAUAUGUACUACCAACUUCCACUUUCUGGACUUGAACAAUUCGCGUCAUUCGAAUUUUAUAUAGGUUAUCACCUCAUUUUGUACUGUAUGAUGUGCGGUUUAAUAAUCAUUUACAUGGGGCACCGAGUUAUUUCUGUACCUUGGGCAGUAAUAUGCCAUAAUGAGGCGCAAAGGAUUAUCAACGAGUUGAAUUCGUUGAGUGAAGAUACGGACAUUAAUAUCGACACGUAUAAAAGUAUCGAACCAAAAUUCAGAUACGUGAUCAAAAAAUGCAUACACGAUAUACGAAAUCUCAACAGAUUCGUUUCAACCUACAGAGGCUUUUUUGAAACUAUCGCCAGUCUUACCCUUCCCAUUUUGCUGUAUAUCGAUGUUGUCCAUGCUUUGAUUGCUGUAAAGCCAGGUAUCCCAGUCAUACUCAGAUUGAGAGAAGUUUUCGUUUUCCUCUUCACGAUUCAAGAAGUCUACAUGACAUGUUGGAUUGGAGCUACGUUGGAACAAACUACAUCGGAUUUGUCCUUCGCUGUAUAUUCCACACCGUGGUAUUGGUUAAAAAGCAUUCGCAAAGACGUCUACAUACUUUUAUGCCAAACACAAGCGUCAAUCAAUCCACGAGCAUUGAAUGUCUAUCCGCUCACAUUGGCAACAUUUCUGCGAUUUUGCAACGUUAUCAACUCUACGGUGAAUGUUUUUCGAGCAUACACAGACGCACCAAAAUAAUGUUAAUUGUUAUUUUAGGCACAAAACGAGGCGAGACGAACAAUUAAAAAAUACUAUAUUUCAUGAAUAAGUUACAUGAAUAACUAAUUGGAUUAAAAACCCAUACGAAUACCUACCUAUAAAAAGGGCGGUACAUGAUAAAAGAGAUGGUCUAUACUCACCACGUUCAUGGAACAUGCCUAUGAAGAAUCAGUGCAGAUUCGUUCUUUUUUCUUCGCACUUCGAACAUAUGAGUUGUUGUUUUUUAUUUCAAUGAAUAGAGAAGAGUUCACGUA